AUGAAUAAUCAAACAAAUAAAAUAGUAAAUCUAUCACAUUUAAUAUUAAAUAAAAUAAUAAGUUAUAUAGAUGAUAACAUUGAUAUCAUUUGUUUCAGUUUAGUUUGUAAGAGAUGGUUCAACGAUAGAGAUAAAUAUUUAAUAUUCAAAACUAAGAAUAUACACCUAUUUAAACUAAAUAGCACUGAUAUUCAAAAUCAUAAACAUUUCAACUUACCAUCAUAUCAUAAUAUCUUUAUGAAAUCAAUUCAAUCAAAGUCAGAUAAUUCGCUAUUUAUUGGUUCUAAAAACUAUCAUCAUUACGAUUAUCAUUUUGAUGAUGUUAGAAAAAUUAAUAGUAUUCCCAGUAAUGUUACAAUUAUCAAUACUGCUAUUAAUUUUCUUUUUGAAGGUGAUAUGGAGUAUCUCUAUCGAUUAAUAUCGGAAUCACAAUCAGUAACAACGUUGAAAGGAUGCAGAACAUUGAAAUAUGGAUUACCAAAGUCAAUCAAAUCAAUUACAUUUCACAAUUUCAAUGAACCACUUGUUAAAGGAUCACUUCCCAACACCUUAGAGGUGUUAGAUUUUGGCGACAGUUAUUUCAAACAAGAGAUUCUACCAGGUGUGCUUCCAGAUGGUUUGCAAGAACUUACACUACACAAAUAUCAAUAUGUAAUUCAACCAUGUGUACUUCCAGUUAGUUUACGUAAACUUUCUCUACACAGCUCUCAAUUUGAUAUUCUACCAGGUGUACUUCCAGUUGGCUUACUCAAAUGUAUUCUCGGUUCCUAUAAUUUCGGGAUUAAGCCAGAUGUACUUCCAGAUGGUUUACUAGAAUUUUCUCUUGAGGGUAGCGAUUGCUAUCAAUACGAAAUUCAACCAAGAGUAUUCCCAUUGUCACUUGAAUAUUUAUGUUUUGAAAGUUAUAACCCAUCUGACGAACUUGCAAUACCACCACCAAACCGAGAAGAUUUAGAAUAUUCAGCCAAAUCAUUAUUACCAAUUUCAUGGCUACAAGCAAUAUCAUCACUUUCCAAUCUGCAAUCACUUUUUGUUUAUUUUCCAUAUCAUGAUCGUGAUGAUACCACAAUAUUCAAUGUCAACUACCUACCAUCAAGUCUAAAAUCAUUCGGUUUAAUAGUACCAGGAACAACAAUGGGAGGAAUAAUGCCAACAUCAUUGAAAAAAAUAGAUAUUGACGAAUGUCAAUUUAAGAUCGAUGAGAUAUUCCCAGAAACUAAGCAAUAUCAUUUGGAAUCAAUGGAAUAUGAAAAUAACAUUAUUCAUCCAAUUCCAUCAAAUGUAUCAAUCGAUGAAUUUAUAAUUCGAGGAAAAUCAAACGAACCAAAGAUAACACUGCCAUCUGGUGUUGGAAAAAUCAGAUUUUUAAUUGAUUGGACAAAUCCAAAAGAAAAGAUAAUGGACUUUGGUGGAGAUGGUGCUACCGAUCAAACAUGUUCAUUAAGAGAACUGCAUUUUGUUUUUGAUUUCGAAGAUGAAUUUCCUCAAGUUAAACUACCAAACACCAUCGAAUUGCUAGACCUUGGUACGAAUAAUCUCAAUACUACAUUACAUUUGGUACCUUCAUCAGUCAAAACUCUUAUCUUUAAAAAUCAAUCUAAAAUCAAUAUCACCAUUCCAAAUACAAUCAAAUCAAUCACCAAUAUCAUAGGAAAAUUUGGUUUAAUUUACACACAAACUAUUAGAAAGUUGGAUGAAUAUUAUUAUUUAUUAUAUGGUAACCAUGAAAACAAAGGAAAUUCAGGAAACUUAGUUGCUAGAAUAUUUCAUCACUCUAAACUUGAACAAAUCUUAGGUACAAAAAUAGAAUAA